GAUAACUUUGUCCCUCGACUUGACUCCAUUCCUACAUGUCUGAACCUGUGUCGGCUACACAGCAUAAAAGCAAGUCGCAAGAGAAAUGGGUAACCCAACCACCCAGAUGGAAAACUAAAGAGUUCUACUUUUACUAUGCCGCGUUCGCAUUUGUAGUCCCAUAUAUGUUCAAGGUCACGUACGAUCUGAGCAAAGAUGACAACCCUCAUUACCCCGAGUACGAGUAUCGGUUAGAGCCUGGGUGGAUUUUCGGCAGAAAAGUGGAUAACAGUGACAACCAGUACGCAUCCUUCCGCAACAACAUACCCACACUGAUUCCACUUUCGUUCGGCUAUCUUCUUUUAUCUCAUAUCUACCAGCGGUUCUGCUGUCCUGCGAUGCCAAUUAAGCAUCCUCACCAAUCACUCCCUCGAACGUACUUCAUUCUUGCAGCUGCCUUGAUCUACAUCGCUACCACCAAUGGAACUAGCAUUUUUAAGGUUCUGGCCAUCGCUACCAUCAACUACGGUAUAGCGAAGUUGACUAAGGGCUCCUAUCUCAAUCCAUUAUUGACUUGGUCCUGGAAUUUGCUAGUACUAUUUGCAAACGAAUGGAACGAUGGCUAUAGGUUCAAGCAAAUCGGAGAGUCAUUUGCGUUCCUCGAUGAUUACCGAGGUUUGACUCCGAGAUGGCAUAUUCUGUUCAACUUUGUAAUGUUACGCAUGGUAUCCUUCAACAUGGACUACUACUGGAGAAAUAAGCAAUCUCGAGAUGCAUACGAUAAGGAUGAACGCAUGGGAGGUCCAGUCAGCGACAAAGACAGAAUCCAGAAACCUGCUUUUUAUGAAGAUUACAAUUAUGUAAACUUCUUGGCCUACAUUCUCUAUACACCGCUUUACCUCUGUGGUCCCAUUAUAACCUUCAACGAUUUUGUGUCUCAGUUGAGAUACCCAUCGCCAAACGUUACUCGCCGAUAUGUACUUCAAUACGCUUUUCGACUUGUGGCUGUUAUCUUGACUAUGGAGUUGACCUUGCAUUACUUGUAUGUGGUAGCUAUAAGCAAAUCCAGAGCUUGGGCAGGAGACUCUCCAUUACAACUUAGUAUGAUUGGAUACUUCAAUUUGGUUAUCAUUUGGAUGAAGUUACUCAUCCCAUGGAGGUUCUUCCGACUUUGGGCUUUGGCGGAUGGAAUGUGGGUGGAGGAAAAUAUGGUGCGAUGCAUGAGUAACAAUUAUUCUGCGCAAAUGUUUUGGAAAAGCUGGCACAGAAGUUUCAACCGCUGGACUAUUCGAUACAUCUAUAUACCACUUGGCGGCUCAAAGUACUUUGCCUUCAACAUGUGGAUCGUCUUCACUUUUGUUGCACUGUGGCAUGAUAUUCAACUCAACCUUCUUGCCUGGGGUUGGCUUAUCUGCUUAUUCUUAGUACCUGAAAUCGCCUGUACUACGAUCUUUUCACAAAAGCGGUGGGGAAGCUGGCCUUAUUAUAGACACCUUUGUGCACUAGGAGCUGUUGGAAAUAUCUUAAUGAUGAUGAUAGCUAAUCUGGUUGGCUUCUGUGUCGGACUGGAUGGCAUGGCAGACUUGCUAAGUCAGAUAUUCACUACCUUUGAUGGAUUGAUCUUCUUGGUCUGCACGGUCUGCUGUCUGUUUAUUGCAGCUCAAGUCAUGUUUGAAAUCCGAGAGUCUGAGAAGCGUAGAGGGGAUCCAAAGUGGAUGAUGUAGAAACGGUACCUAAAAAUCUUUUCAUAGCGCGCCCUUUGAGCGCUGCUGGAGAUCAGCAACUGUAAUUAUUAAAAAAAUAAAAUUGACAAUGUUUAUCACAACGGAAUAGG